AUGUCAGCUUAGGCUUAUCCUAAUCGAAACUCAACCAGCAAUCAUUUUAACUAGAGUCAAAUUGGCCAAGCGAGAGCAGUGCAGUUUAUCUUUAUAGACGAAGAGGGUCAGUUUUAAAUUAGCAGGGAGGCUCAAAAAAUCUUUGAGUAGUCAUAGAAUAAAGUAGCAAUAAUAUGCAUUAGUGGAUGCUAUCGCACUGGCAAGUCAUUUUUGAUGAAUUAACUUGUGGGAGAUUAGCCUGUAUUUACAGUUGAUUCCUCAGUCAACGCCUGCACCAGAGGUUUGUGGUUUUAUAGUGAACCUAUUACUAUUGAAAAAGAAGGGGAGAUAUUUGAUAUAUACGUGAUGGACAGCGAAGGACUUGGUGGAGUAGAUAAAAACCAGAAUUACGACAUUAAAAUAUUCACACUAUGUGUCUUAUUAUCCUCUUUUCUAAUAUACAACUAAGUAGGGGUGAUUGAUGAGACUGCAAUCACCAACCUAUCACUUGUUACCAACCUGGCAAAGAAUAUACAGAUCUAGAGGAAUCAGUUGAACAAUGGGGCAGGUGCUAACACCAAUUAGCUGAGUGAUUACUUUCCAUAGUUUUUAUGGCUAUUAAGAGAUUUCAUUCUUGAGCUUGCAGAUGAAGAUGGAAAUCCAAUAACACCAAAUGAAUAUUUAGAGUUGUGCCUCAAAGAAGCAGAGGGAUUUAGUCAGAAGAUUGCAGAGAAAAAUAGAAUUAGAAAUCUGAUUAAGGGCUUCUUUAAGAAUCGAUACUGCUUUACCAUGAUAAGACCUACUGAUGAGGAAAGAGAUAUUCAGAAUUUAUAGAAAAAUUAAUCUAAAAUAAAAGCAGAAUUCUUAGACUAAGUUGAGGAAUUGAAGAUCUACAUUUUUAACAGAAUAAAGCCAGUUAGACUUAAUAGUGUAGCUAUGAAGUCUUAAGAUUACUUGAUCCUAGCAAAUUCUUAUAUCUAAUCAAUCAAUAAUGGUUCAAUACCGACAAUCAACGAUGCAUGGACAGAAGUUGUUGAAAAUUAGUUAAAGCAUGCUUUUACCAAGGCUACGAGACACUACUAAAAAGAGCUGAAGACAUUCUGCCAGCAGUAUUAGCCAAUAGACUUAGAGUCAUUAGGAAAACAGCACAAAGUUGUAAAAGAUCAAUCCUUUGAAAUUUUGGAGAAAGUAAUAUCAAGUCAAGUAAGCAUUUCCGAUACAACUAAAGAAAAGUUCAGAAAUGCUCUGAAUGUCAACAUUAAAGAAACCUAUGAACAGAUCAAAACUAAAGUAAAAAAUGAGUUUGAAAGGUAGUCUAAGGAUAUACUUGCAGAGCUGUAUAGAGAGAAAAUACUGCCAAAGCAAUAUUCAGACUUAUAGUCAUUCUAUAAAGAUUGGAAAGAUUUAGAGACAGCAUAUUUUUCCAAGGUGCCAGGUAAAACUAAGUAUGAACUGUGGACUAAAUUCGCUCUUGAAAAGAUCACGGAUGGCUCACUGCGAAUAAUGAAAUCCUAAGAGAGCAAAAAGGAUCUUUAACUGAAGUAGCUGGAUUUGGAGGUAGGGAGACUUAACACUAUAAUUGAGAUGAAGGGUGAGUCUCAGCAAAAAGUAAGUGGAGCCACAGAGUAACUUAUUAAUGAUCUGCAAAGAAAGUUGAUUCAGUCUCAGCAGAGGGAAAAUGAACUUAGUAUGAAUAUCAAUGCGUAUUAAGACCUUGUGAGGCGUAAAGAUGAAGAGGUGAACAGUUUGCAAGAGCAACUAGGCAGACUAAGAGUCAACUCUAUGUACAGUACUAAUGGCUAGCCCCAGUUCAGAGGCUAAAUGAUGCAGCAAAAUCAACAUAUAAUUACAGAGGGCAAUAAUGAUAUUCUCCCUCCAAUGUGUGGAACUAAGGAUUGUAGGAUAUUUUGA